CUGAAAUAUAGAAUCAUUGGACUUUUAAAUCUGUUUAUUAAUAUCAACAAAUUAUAUUCUAUCAUGACACAUGGUAGACACAUGGUAGUAGUCCUUUGAGAGAUGGUUAAUAUUGACAUAUCAUUUUGUAUGUUGCAGCAUUCUGAAGAUAUGGCAUCUCAGUACAAGUAUCUACUCACAGAAUGACUACAAUCUAGUUUGGUUUUUCUUUGUCUUGAAGUUCUGAACAGCAAGACAUCCAGUACAGUGAGAACUUAUCUACUUUGAAAACAAUCUAAUAAUACCUGAAUAAAAGAUUUAGCUGCAGUUAUAUCACCCAGCAUGAUGAUUCUUUUCUGUCAAAGAUGUCUAAACUAGGAGUUCAAACCGAACUGAUGGAGUGAAUAAUGAUGUGUAAGAAGAAGUUGUGGAUUGUUUUGGCCCUGUGCUUUGCACUUUCCAUCUGGAAGAUAUAUAUUUCUGUUUCAUCUUUGUCCAAAAAUCUUGGUGAGAGGCUACUGCAAGACUCAUUAAUGAAAGAGGAAAUGUGUUACUAUAACAAAUGUAUUGGCCUAAGCAGUUGGGAUUGGUUUUGUGACCUCUUUGAUGCCUCCGUAAACUGCCUGCUGACUCUUGAAAACUCUGAUAUCCCACCAGAGGUUCUUCAGUGGUGGCUGAAGCUACAAAGUUCAAAAGAUGGCAGCCAAAUUCAGAAGAUGGUAAAAUAUCUGUCACCCACUGCUAGAGUUCAGGAUGUUGUUCAUUGUGGAACUUGUGCUGUGGUAGGAAACUCAGGAAGGCUGAGGGGCUCUAAAUAUGGAGAGAAGAUAGAUUCUCACAAGUUUGUGAUGAGAAUGAACACUGCACAGGUUACAGGUUUUGAGGAAGAUGUUGGUACACGAACCACACACCAUUUCAUGUACCCAGAGAGUGCUAUGAAUCUCCAUCCUAAUGUGCAUCUUGUACUAGUCCCUUUCAAACCUCUGGAUCUCAAAUGGUUGGCCAGUGCCCUUUCAACAGGAGAUAUCCAGCAAACGUACAAAAGAGUUAAACGAUUUAUUAAAGCCGACAAAAACAAGAUUCUAAUAAUUCAUCCUGGUUUCCUGAAAUAUAUCCAAGACAAAUGGACACAGCAUCAUGGAAAGUAUCCUUCCACUGGGUUGAUUACACUGAUUUUUGCCAUUCAUACUUGCACACGGGUUUCUGUCUUUGGCUUUGGUGCAGACAGCAAAGGGAACUGGCAUCACUACUGGGAAGACAAUCGUAAUGCAGGGGCCUUUCUCAAGUCUGGAGUACACAAUGGCACUUUUGAGCUACAACUCAUUGAAAGGCUGGCAACUGAAGGCAAAGUGGCAUUCUAUAAAUAGUUGAUACUUUACACUACGCGUCUAAACUUCCUUAAUUAGAUUGAAAUAGGGAUAUAAUGCCUCCCAAAAUUAUCUUAGUCUUACAGGUCUUCACAUUCAGAUUUUUAAAAAUUAUCUCUGUUCUGGGUUCAAAGAAAAGCAAAACUAGAAUAAAACACAAGAAGAGGAGACAUUUCUGUUUGUUUCAUGCACCAAAUAUUAAAAAUAUGAGCAACAUGGUCCUGCUUUUCUGAAUGUAUGCAUUUUAGAAUAACAGAGACUGUAAACACUAGUUGUUACUAGCUUCAGAUUUUGCUCCAUUCUCUGAGUAUGAAACGAUAGACAGAACAAUUCAGAUUUACUUAGCUGUGUUUUUGACACCAGAAGAAAUUGGAGCACCAAAAGUAGCAUCAAAAGAAACAUAUUUCUGAUUAUAUUCAGAACCGGUGUUUGAAUGUGAAAUAUAUCUUUGAAUUUGAAAAAUAGGCUUUCUGAUAACUCAUUUGGUGUUUCUCCUUCCCUCCAUCAUAAUUUGUAAAUCAAGUUCUCAAUAAAUUAUCCAAAUUUUUAAUAUUAUUUGAAUAUUACUUGAAAUGAUUAUUAUUUUAAUUUUAUUUGAAAUGAUUGCUGGAAAUAUGUUUAUUAAAUGUAUAUACAUCUUGCUGUUUGGAGUGAUUCUAGAUAUAUAUUACAACAGCCAUUAUUUAGGAAUGUCUAAUACACUAAUUGGCAACUCUAUAUUAGCUUCAUCAAUUGUAGACCCAAUAUCAAAACAUGUAAGAGUAAUGUUAGCAAAAAUGGGGAAAUUCACAUUAUUAUUAUUUUUUUACUUAAAACUUUUAUUUAAACAAUGGUAAGCUAAGUAGUCAAUGAUUUGGUUCAUAAUACAGUUUUCUAUGAUACUAGAUAAAUUUUUGUUGGCAUGACCAUUCCCGUGAUUAGACAUAUUGCGUGAUAAACUUUUUCUCU